AUGACCAUCGUACAUGUCGUUCUCUUUGAGUGGAAGCCUUCUGCGAGCCAUGCUCAAGUGGAAGAGGCGUGCAGUCGUAUGCUUGCAUUGAAAGAUGAGUGCUUGAGCGCAAGCUCUCAGAAGCCGUACAUCAAGUCAUUCUCUGGUGGGAGAAACAACAGUCCUGAAGGCCAUGCGGGUGCUUUUACACAUGGCUUUGUAGUAGAGUUUGAGAGCGCAGAUGACCGAGACUACUACGUGAGCGAAGAUCCUGCGCAUCAGGAUUUCGUCAAGUUAACUGGACCACAUAUCGAGAAUGUGAAAGUACUUGACUACGAGCCGGGGAAGCUGUAG